AUGCUCAACGACAUCCUCAACAUUGAGAAAGAAACCCGAUAUGACUUUGGGGCAGAAGAAUUCAUCCAGUCGGGCAAACUUUCACCAGAAUUUAUGGAAAGCCUAGCAUUUCACCCACAAGAUUCUUUGGAAUCUCGCAGCGACCCUCAGCUCUAUAUCAAUGCGACUGAUGGGCCGAAUCAAUGCUGGAAUAUUUCUCAGGAGGCCGUCAUUGGUAUCAGCUAUUUCAUGCAAACCUUCUUUUCGGCGUGCGCUAAUUCGACCUGCCCGGGUACAGAGGAACAAUGGCCUGCUCCAACGGGUUACUACAUCUUUGACCAGAGGGUUGGUCAUGAUUUUCAACCUGGACCGGCGAAGCUGCUAUGGGAGGCUCAAGACCUCAAUAAAACCUUCUCUAAUAUUGCUAAGAGUAUGAGCAAUGUGUUAAGGGUUGAUGAUGAAAAGAGUACCAGUCAGGUUGGAGUAGUUACGAGAUCUACCACGAUAUAUCGCAUCGACUGGGCCUGGAUUUCCCUGCAUAGCUUCGUUGCAUUGGCCAUGUCGUGCUUUUUUGCUCUCACAACUAUAUCCAAAGCUCCAUCUAGAUCGCAGGUUCCUGUGUGGAAGACAAGCAGCUUAGCAGCCCUUUCUAGAGGCCAUUUGGUAGCUGACGUAUUUCAGCAUGGCCGGCAUCAGAGCAGUUAG